AUGGCAGAGGCGAUCGCGGCGUUCAGUCUCGCUGCAAAUAUUGUUCAAUUCGUCGACUUUGGUGGCAGAUUAAUUCACGAUGCAUGGUCCAUCUACCAUAAGGGUCGUGGCAGCUUUCCAGAAUUAUUGGGUGUGGAAAAGACAGCUGAGGAUCUGAAACUCGUACUUGCGGAGCUAGUCUCACCUUUGAAAGAACCUGGGGACGAAACAGACAGUGAAAGAAGUCUCAAAGAGCUUGGGCAGCAAUCUGCCUUUCGAUUGGCGUGGAAGGAGGAGGAUAUGAUAUCGCAACAAAUGAGGCUCGAAACCAUCAAACAUCAGCUGAACCUUCAUAUUUUGGUAUCAUUGCGCGAGCAAGCUAGAAAGUCUUUGAGUCAGCAAGAGCAGAUUCUCACUCAGCUUGCUGCCAUAGGCCAACAUACUCAACGAUUUGAAUGCUCGACGAGGAACUUGACUGCAGAAGGAAUCGGCUCAAGCCUCCUAGACUUCUUAACAGCGAAGCUUGGCCAAAGCGGAAAGAGUUCUUGGCAGCGAGAGAUCGUUUCAGCCAUACAUGAAGAUCACACGAGCGAAGCUACUCAGGAUGUCUCUGAUUUUGCAAUUCCAACGCAUCGACGUAGGGUGCUACAGUCGAAAAUACUAGCGCUGCUUCGAUAUUCAGGAAUGGAUGACCGUGAAGAAAGGAUUGUUGAAGCUUACGAGGAAACUUUUCAGUGGAUUUUCAGUGACGACGCAAGUGGUCACGAGAAGCUUUGGUCUAACUUCAAAGCAUGGCUAGAGACAGAUGAGCCUCUGUAUUGGAUAACUGGGAGGGCGGGAUCUGGGAAAUCGACCUUGAUGAAGUAUAUCUGCCACGAAGAGAGUGCUUCGAACCCUGUGGACUCUACGAAUUCAAUGAACCCACAAGAAUUCUCCAAAGAAGAACUGGAAAAAAUGCUUCGAUCAACGGCGAUGAUCAUCAGCCAGGAUGCAAAACUUGUCUUGUUCGUUGACGGCCUCGACGAAUUUGAAGGAAAGCAUGAUGACCUCAUCUACCUGUUUCAAGACUUGAUCGCAAACAAAAACAUAAAGGUUUGCGUCUCGAGUCGACCUUGGGUCCAAUUUGAAGAUGCCUUCGAGCAUCAGCCGAGCCUUACAAUUGACACUUUGACAUAUCCUGACAUCAAGCACUAUGUUAGCUCAAAGUUCCAUGGAAAUCCCGGUUUCACUCAGCUUAGCUUGAGGGAGCCUGACUUUGCAAACCAAUUGGUCGAGAACGUCGCAUCUAAAGCAUGUGGUGUCUUUCUCUGGGUACAUUUGGUAGUUCAUUCUCUUCUCUCAGGCAUGAAUUAUGGAGACAGAAUCUCAGAUCUGCAGAGACGGCUAGAUCUACUACCUCCCGAUUUGGAAAACCUAUACGAUAAGAUCCUUCAAAGUUUGGACCCAUUCUACCUUGAACAUGCAGCUCAACUGUUCCAACUGAUACAAGCCAGUCGUGAACCACUGCCUCUCCUGCUUCUUUCUUUUGCCGAUGAAGACUCCAUAGAGUUUGCGUUGAAGCAGCUGUUCCAACCUUUGUCCCCAGAUGCACGGCUCUUACGUACCGAUACUAUGCGUCGGCGAUUGAACAGCCGAUGGAAGGGCCUUCUUGAAGUAGGCAAAUCAGCUACCGAAGAUUCAAGAGUGGGUGAAGAUACAGUUCAGUAUCUUCACAGGACUGUCAAAGACUAUGUUGAGAGUAUUGAAGUCCAGACCAAGAUGCACGAAGCAUCGAAAUCUGCAUUUGACCCACACUUGAGACUUUGUGCUGGCAACAUUGCGCAUAUUAAGACAAUAGACCAUCGUACGAAUUUCUUCUCUGAUGGUACUUUAUGGACACGUGUACAGCGCUGCCUAUGGAGUGCCUCAAAAAUUCAAGCACGGAACAAAAAAUACAUCGUUCCUCUUCUUGACGAGCUCGAUGAGACUGGGAAGACUCUUGCUUUGAAAUUUUCCAACGACCAUGUGACAAACAGCGAGCAGUAUCUAUCAUUCAUCCAGUAUGAGCAAAGAUAUCUCGUCAAUGAUCUAUUAUCAUUUGGACAAUGGGUGCCAACACAUCCUUCGCUUUCAUACUAUGGGUUCCGGACCAACUUUGGCUGCAAUUUCUUGUCUUUGGUAGUCAGGUACGGCGGUGUCGAGUAUGUAGACGCAAAGGUCAAUAGAGGAUGCUUCGUUCAGCGGAGUCCGAUGACAUCCAUGCAAACACUUUCACUGGAGGAUAUCAUUGGCGUUCAAUCACUAAAUGAAAGAUCAAGAGAGCUUUACUUUCGAAGACAAUCGCAUAUCUGGCCACUCCUCCAAGAUGCAGUCCAUUUUGAUUCCCGGUGGGCGACUGAAUACCAAGACUCUGUACCAUCCUUCGAAAUGAUGGAGUGCUUAAUAGGUCAUAGAGCUGAUGCUAAUUACCUUUUUUAUGAUGCCUACGGAAAAGAAUGGACAGUAUGGAGACGUCUUCUAGAGAACCUUUACAAGGGUUUCAAUGGUCAAAAGCUGCCAGCUCCAUGGUCAAGCAUAGCGUCUGCAAUGAUCAAAUGUGGAAUGAAUCUUCAGGAAAGCGAUAUCCAAGCGCCUGUACCCGGCGAUCUUGGGACAAUCCUCGGGGAGCCUUACCGAAACAGGGUGAAUUCCCAUGCAUUCAAAACGGAAAUCAUGUUAAUCACGAAGAGCCCAACAAAGUCUUGGCAAGACUGGAUGAAAAUGAAAGCGUGA